GACCGCCGGGCGCGCCGGCCACGCCGCGGGGCAUGGUGAGUCCGGGGCGGCCGCUCCCCGCGGGGACCCGGCGGGCGGCCUCGCUGCUCCGCCCCAGCCUCUUCCUCCUCCUCCUGCUGCUGCUGCUGUUGCGGGGCACCGAGGCGCAGAAAGGUGAUGGGUGUGGACACACUGUGCUGGGCCCUGAGAGUGGGACCCUGGCCUCCAUAAACUACCCCCGGACCUCUCCCAACAGCACUGUUUGCGAAUGGGAAAUCCGUGUGAAGCCUGGGCAGCGAGUUCAGCUCAAGUUUGGUGAUUUUGAUAUUGAUGACUCAGAUUCCUGUCAUUCCAGUUACCUAAGAGUUCAUAAUGGCAUUGGCCCCAACAGGACAGAGAUAGGAAAAUACUGUGGUUUUGGAUUUCAAAUGGAUGGUUUAAUUAUUUCAAAAAGUAAUGAAGUCACAGUACAGUUCAUGAGUGGAAUUCACACUUCUGGACGUGGAUUUCUUGCAGCUUAUUCAACCACUGACAAAUCAGACUUAAUUACCUGUUUAGACUAUGCAAGUCACUUUUCCGAACCAGAAUUCAAUAAGUAUUGUCCAGCUGGAUGUGUGAUUCCUUUUGCUGGUAUUUCAGGCACUAUUCCUCAUGGAUACAGAGAUUCAUCAUCACUUUGUAUGGCUGGUGUUCAUGCAGGCGUCGUGUCAAAUACUCUGGGUGGUCAAAUUAAUGUUGUAAUCAGCAAGGGCAUUCCAUACUAUGAAGGUUCCUUGGCUAACAAUGUCACCUCAGAAGUGGGACCCUUAUCUACAAGUCUCUUCACCUUUAAGACGAGUGGUUGCUAUGGGACACUGGGGAUGGAAUCUGGAGUGAUUCCUGAUUCCCACAUCACAUCAUCAUCUAUUCUUGAGUGGCCUAACCAAACAGGACAAGUAAACAUUUGGAAACCUGAAAAUGCCAGACUAAAAAGGCUUGGACCUCCUUGGGCUGCUUUUAUCAAUGAUGAACAUCAGUGGUUGCAGAUUGACUUGAAUAAAGAAAAGAAAAUAACAGGUAUUAUAACUACUGGAUCAACUUUAGCAGAGCACUACUAUUAUGUCUCAGCCUACAGAAUUUUAUACAGUGAUGAUGCACAGAAGUGGACAGUGUACAGAGAACCUGGCAUGGAUAAAGAUAAGAUAUUCCAAGGGAAUACUGAAUUGUACCAGGAAGUUCGCAAUAAUUUCAUUCCGCCUAUUAUUGCACGUUUUUUUAGGAUUAACCCCGUAAAAUGGCACCAGAAAAUUGCAAUGAAAGUAGAAUUGCUAGGAUGUCAGUUUAGUAUAGGUCGUGCUCCUAAACUCACCUUGCCACCACCACCUCAGAACAAGAAUGAUGAGAAGAAUGCUGACUUCAUGGAUGACUUCAUUCAUUCAGUGAAGACUUCACUGCAGACAGAUAAAACAACUUUCACACCUGAAAUAAAAAACACUACAGUGACUCCAAGUGUAACCAAAGAUGUGGCAUUGGCAGCAGUUCUGGUUCCAGUGCUGGUGAUGGUCUUCACUACUCUGAUUCUUGUCUUAGUUUGUGCGUGGCAUUGGAGAAACCGCAAGAAAAAAACUGAGGGCACAUAUGAUCUACCUUACUGGGAUCGUGCAGGAUGGUGGAAAGGAAUGAAGCAGUUUCUCCCAACCAAAUCAGCAGAACAUGAAGAAACUCCUGUACGCUACAGCAGCAGUGAAAUCAGUCACCUAAGACCAAGAGAGGUCCCAACAAUGUUGCAAACAGAUUCUGCAGAAUAUGCUCAGCCCCUGGUAGGGGGAAUUGUGGGCACACUUCACCAGAGAUCAACCUUCAGACCAGAGGAAGGAAAAGAAGCCAGUUAUGCUGACUUGGACCCUUACAAUUCCCCCAUCCAAGAAGUUUACCACGCCUAUGCCGAGCCACUGCCUGUCACUGGACCCGAGUACGCCACUCCAAUCAUCAUGGACAUGUCCAGCCAUCCCAGCACACCUCUUGGCGCUUCUUCCAUUUCCACCUUCAAAGCUGCAGGGACUCAAGCUCCUCCACUGGUUGGAACGUGCAAUAAACUGUUAUCCAGGACAGACAGUGCAUCCUCAGCACAGGCACUGUACGAUAUACCAAAGGGGCAGCUGGGGCCAGGCAGUGCCGACCAACUCGUGUACCAGGUGCCGCAGAGCGUGGCCCAUCCUGGCGGGAGUAAGGAUGAACAAAGUUAGCUCACGAGGAAGGUAGAAUGAUGGCUUGUUUCUAAAAGCCAGUUCCAUAAAGCUCACAGUUUCAUUCUUUUAAUUCCAUUGUUUCGAUAGUGUUAGUCUUAAAUAAUACAAUGUUGAUCCAAAAGAUGUGGUGUGGGAGGUCUGGGAAAACAGUAAUUCUGCCUUUCCUCAAGUUGUCUGUACAAUUAACAGCUUGUCUCCUGCAGAACCGUGGACUUUUUUAUUACUACUGUACAAUUGUCUGUCUGACAUGAGAGAAGAACUCUUCAUGAUUAGCUUCAGUAAUUCACAGAUGUGAAUGAUCAAUUGGGAGAAACAGUUGGAGUACAAAAGCCAGUCAUUUCUUCCUAAUGGUACUAUUUGUUCGGGAAAAAACCCCCACCCCAAAGCCCUUAAUUUCUGUGCAAGCACUACAGCUUCUAAAAUUCCUCUUUCCUUAUAAAACGUCUGCACAACUUUGGACUUAACAAGCUAAAAAUCCCUUUAGCUUCAUGGCGUAAAAUAGUUUUGAUUCCGAAUGGUAUUAUUUCAGCUUUUGUUAACAGAAUUGGGAAUUGUCAGCUGUGUGUUCCUCAGAAGGUUCCUGCCUUCUUGGUUAGCCUUCCAAAACUACAAGCUGCUGUGUGUACAAUCUCUUUUCUGCCUCUUCUCCUUAAGCCACUCAGUCUUAUUCUUUCCUGGGGAACCCAGGAGGCACAGAGUGGCACAAGCAAAUACUGGCAAUUGCUUUUACAUUUUUCCUGUGCUGUGAGGGCCACUUGAAUAGCAUCUGCCUCCAAGUCAGACUUCCCUGAUGCUCAGUGCAAGAAGCAUCCAGGGCUCGGAGGUGACUUGAAUUGAGAAAGGCCCUGCCCUGCCCUUCCCCAGAGUGUCCCAUUAUUCUGUGUUCAGGUGUGAGUUUAUACAAAGAUCUGUACAUACUUUUGUGAGUGCUUAAGGAAGCACACAAAUAUUCUAAUGGUGCACAUUUUGUGUUAGACAUGCAUUUAGCACAUAUGGUACGUUUUAGCACAACUGACAAAAUUUAGCCUUAGGGCUUUUUUAAUGAUUGUUCUUAUUAGAAGCAUGAAAGAUUCCAAAACCUUUGCAAAAGAACCAGUACUUUUCCAAAGAGUGUCCAUUUCAAAUGUAUUUAUUGGAAUUUGUGUCUUUUGAAUGUUCCAGUGUUCUGUACUAUGAAAACAUUGCAGUCAGUCAUUAAUUGGGGUAAUGUAGACUCAUUUUAGCUAGGUAAUCACAAAAUGAAACCAAUAUGAAUGUCGUAUUUGCCAUUUUUUAUCUUGUUAGAAAAAAAAGCACAGCUUUCUUACCUAAGUAGGAGGAAAAAACCCCACUAUCAAAAUGCUGUAUUUUUAUUCUAACAGCACUGUUGGAAGGAUGCUGAAUUAAUUCGUACACGUGAGACCCCCUCCCUACACAGUAGCCCAGUUUUAUGGACUGCAGGAGUUAAUGUUUGUUUUUGUGAUGUAAUUCAAAGCCUUGUUUACUGCCCAGGUCCUUAAACACUGUGGAGAACAUCUAAAUGGAGAUUGCAGUGCUGUUCAAGGGGCUGCCACCAUGCCUUAAUACCAGUACAGUAUCCUCACUUAGCACUUGAAAACCUGUUUGCAGAGGGGCUGUAUAUAAGCUCUCAAAAAUUACUUGUGGCCUGUUCAGCAUCUGUAAUAUGUUACA